UUUUAUAGUUUAUGGUGCAUAGGAAUAGUGUAUGGUGCAUAACGAAUGUUUUUUAAGACAAAAAUAAACACAACAUGAACGUUAUAUAUUGUAUGUAUGCAAUUUGAAUAGACUUGACUUGUUGACAGAUGGGAAGUUUGGCAGUAAUGAACUUAAAGGUCAGAUUUCAAUAAAAGUUAAUCCCUUAGAUGGGACUGCUGUUUACGGAGAUGCCUCAUACACCAUACAGUGUACUAUAACUGGAACCCAGGCUACAGCAUGGUCGUGGUCAAAGAGUUCAAUCACUGGUGGUACAACAACAACAAUAUCUACUGGAAGCAAAUACAGCAUUGCAAUGUAUCCUAAUGCUACGAAUUUAACUAUCAACAAUAUUGUGGAGGAGGACGAACAGGAUUAUUUCUGUCAGGCGACAAUUGGUAUAGGAUUAAAAUUCCAGACACGAUCAAGGCUUAUUGUCAAUGGAGGUUUACUGGCUGUUGGUAUUUCUCCAACUGAUGCUGAUGUCCUCCAGGGACAAUCUCAGUUAAUCACAUGUACUGUCGUUGGAGAACCAGCAGCCACAUUCAUUAAUUGGUAUUUCAUACAAGCUGGUUCUGAGCGAGAACAAACAUUAAGCACAGGCAAUACUGCCAAAUAUUCUGGUGGUAACACUCAGACUCCUUCCUUAACAGUACUGAACUUCCAAUCAUCCGAUAGUGGAAACUAUGCAUGUAUUGCUUCAAAUGCUGCUGGAAAAAGUUCGAGUACAUAUUGUGCUCUUAGAUUCAUAAGUGAUCUUAAUGUAACAGCUUCAUUGAAAACACAUUCCUCUAUAGAAGGAGACUCUAUAGUUACCAUACUAUGUGCAAUAAGCGGCACGCCACUAGCUAUUGAAUGGGACUGGACAAAAACAUCCGUUAAUGGAGUCAAGGUUGAAGUAAUAGCUCAGCAGACAAAUAAUGCUAAGAGACAAGUAAUAAAUUCUGCAACAAACCCUAAUUUGAAUAUAUAUAGCAUUACAGAAAACGAUGAGGGUAUUUAUAAAUGCAGAGCAAAUAAUGGGAAACGUACAUUUAUGAGUGAACCUGUCAUACUUAAAGUUCUAGAAGCAUCCAUUAGGAGGGCUCCAGGUGAACCUGAAACCAGUAGAUCAUUAGAAUUUCAGACAGGAAAACCUGUAACUCUUUCAUGCAGUUCUUCUGGAGGAAAUCCACCACCAUCAGUAAUUUGGUUGAGAGAUGAUAUUGUAAUGUCGUCUGGUAGUAAUACAUCUACUAGUGGUAAUGUAACAACAACAACAUUGAAUUUUGCAACAACUGCUGAUGAUGAUCUAGAGGUAUUUGAAUGUCAGGCAGCUAAUGGAUUCCUCCAGAGACCACUAAUAAAGACAACUUAUCUUACACUUAAUCCUUCAAACAACCCUCCAGGUCAACCACAAAUCACAGGAUCACACCUCUAUGAUUUAGGAGAUACUGUAACAUUAUCAUGCAGUUCUACAGGAGGAAAUCCUUUACCAACAGUUAAUUGGCUGAGAGAUGACAAUGUCAUCACCACUGGUAUAACUUCAUCGUCAGUCAGCGGAAUGAUAACAACAGCUCUUACUUUUACUGCUGGUUUGGAAGACCACCUUGAAGUGUUUAAAUGUCAGGCGAACAACGGCGUUUUACAGAAGCCACUUUCAUCGACAACAUACAUUGAAUUAUAUUUUGCACCAAAAGUUCCUACACUGACCGGACCUACCAACUUGGUCUCUGGAUCUUCAGGAACAUGGAGUUGUUCUUCAAUGAAUGGAUAUCCUGCUCCGACCAUUUCCAUGAGAAUCCAAGACCGACAUUACACAAACGAACUUAUUGUUGUACAGUCAUAUGAUGUUAUUGACAGAAGUUAUACAGUAUCUGGUACACUGAACUUGGUACCAUCGUCUGACAAAAGUGGACAAAAUCUUUGUUGUGAUGUUAGUCAUCUGUUCAAUAACAAAGUACCUCAAUCAGUGUGUUUGCAGUUGACAAUUAAUGAUGAAGAAGAACAGAAUGUUAUUAUGUACGUCGUGAUAGGACUGGUUGCAUUAUUGCUGCUCUUCAUAUUAAUCAUUGCAAUACUUUGUAACAGAAAUGGCUGUAAACUUAGUCAAGGCAAAAAGAGAGAAAAUACAAACAGAAAAUAUGUAUCACAACAGACAGCAAUUUCUAGCCAGUAUGAUUCUACAGGUAAUCUUGGACAGCAGAAUCGUGACAGAGUUUAUAAUGGAAUGCUACCAAAUAGAGUGGAGAUGCAUGUUUAUAGCACACCACAAGACCAGGACGAUUACAAUCAUUAUAUGACGAUACCUGGAGAUCUACGUAAUACUUAUUUUCAACCAAUCAGCGGAAACACUUUGAAAUCAACAACGUAGUUGACCUGAUGUUCUAAAAGACAAGUCAUGAGAUUUCAAAACAUUUUGUAAAUGUAUACUUUUUAUUGUGUAAUACAAGAACGAAAGAAAUUAUCAGCGAUGGUUCCUUGAUACAUACUUAAAGAGAUAAUACUUUGCAAGAGCUGCAAUUUUACAUUUCGAAUUUGUUUUUCUGUAUAUGAACAUUAUGUCCUUUAGAUAUAUAUAUGUGCCUUUGUCCGUAGACAGUAACAAUGUUCCACUACUGGUAAAUGAAAGUGGUCACUACAAAGUAUAAACAUUUUGAGUGUAACAUACAUAGGCUCAGAACAAAAGACCCAAUCUAAACUAUUCAAAUGUUUUGAAAGAUUGUGGACGGGAAUAAUUCGAAUUUCACUGAUAAAAUACGAUAAAUUGUUUGUUUCUCUCCUGUUGUGAUUUUCUGUAUUGGUUUAUCCAAAAUGAUAUUUUUGUUCCAAAUUUUUUCACUGAAGCAUGACUGCAAAGGGCCCUCUCUUAGGCAGUCAAUGCCCCCCCCCCCCCCCCUAUAUGAAAAUUUCUGGAUCCGCCACUGCUAAUUACGUAAUGUUUUGUAAAUAAACAGUUUAUUUUGUCCUGCAUAAAUUAAUUUGUGUGCAUAAAUAUUUUUGAAAUAAAAGCGCCGUUUGAAAUGAUGAUAUUCA